AUGCUGAUCCUUCUUUUGGCAUACGUUGCAUCUGCUUUCACUAUGCCAAUUGACCACGCAGCAAACUGUCCAUUUCCUAAUGGAACAGAUAAAGCUCUUCACUCCUACAUUUGUGCGGCAGGCGAACAGUUCACGGUCAGCUCUAUUACAACCACCGACGAAAAGGGUAACAAUGUCUAUCCGAUAGAUCCUCGAAAACCAUUUGUUCUUCGAUUGAAUGCAUACAAUCACGGACAACAGAUUGAUGACAAUAGGGUGAACGUUCGAAUAUUCGAGUACGAGGCCGGUUUGACAAGUACUGACUGCGUCUGGACGCAAGUACCUACCUUUGGACUGUUAAACGGCAUCGAUGGAUGUGAUUAUGCACACAAUUGUCCCCUGACCCAUGGAGAUCUGACUCUUGAUCUUCCCCUGGAUCUCACUCAGUUCUCAGCCAUCAUUAAUGUUUUAGCUUCAUAUAGACCAUAUGAGUUUGAAAUCCGGAUGUUUAACUGGAACAAGGGAGAUACUAAACACGAAGAAUUCGCCUGCGUCGUAGCACAAGUGGAACUGAUUUGA